UUUCAUUGAAGCAAAAUGCAAACGUGUAAUGAAAAUCAAUUGCGUCGCCUUAACGAUCUGGCAUAAUAUUUGUUUGGAAAAUUUUCUAGCGCUAAUUAAUUUUUGCAUCUGCUGCAGCUAAUAAUAUAAAGUCAAUAAUUUGAAGUGUCUAUGACUUAGUCUGAAGUAAAUUGCAAAUGAUGUCGGUGCCGUUACUGCAAAAUCCGAAAACGAAGAUCGUCUCGAUCGUGGAGACGGGAAAGACCUAUUACUUUCGUGAGCACGAGGAGAAGAGCCUGAAAAGCGAAACGGCGAGGGUCGCGAUCUUCGCGUGCGACACACUCGUCUCGUUAUUCGUCGUUUCCGCCCUUGUCGUCGCCAAUUGGCGCGGCACUUGGGAUCUGAUGGACAUGUACAAAGACUAUUUUCCAACGUACACCUCGUUCGUGUUCUCAUCUGGAAUGCAGGUGGUUUGCACUCUCGGACGGGAAUUGAUUGGGGAUUUCUUGGAAGAUAAAACAGCAAUUUUGAAGAGAACCUUCGCCGUUUUCUUUAUUUACGUUUAUAACAUCUUGUGCAAUAUGCAAUGGCGCGCUCUGUGGAUUAUCAUGGACGAUUUUUGCGGUGUAAUCGAUGUCCAGAAGGUGGCCCAAGAGGAGGGCAUCAACUGGACGAGAUUCUUGUGGUUCAUCUUGGGCUCGAUAAUUGUUUUGGCCAUCUUCAAGUGCUUGAGGAAUAUUUCCGGUCCACCAUUCGUGAUCACUCUGGAUGACCACGAGUCGACUUUCAGAUUUCCCAUGCGCUUUCGGAUCCAGGUAAGAAACUGUAUUUUCUAUGUUCAAAAUGCGGAGCAAGAUUUUCCUUUAUCCGUGACGCGCGCGACAAUCGAGGCAUGAA